GAGACCAACUCUUGAAGAAGUUUUAGUAUUCCUCGAAGGAACAUAUCGAUUUCUUAAUUAUUAGUUCCUUUCUCGAUAAUUUCAACUCUCUGUAUUAUGACUUGAAAGCAGGGUUUAUUCGUUAACAAAAUGGCGACGAGGCCUCGCUCAACUUCAAGUGCCGAUAAGGAAUAUACUGAUUCAGGAUUCACAGAAGAUUGCGAUGGCCAAAUUGCAAAUGUAUUUGCUUUGGAAGAAAGACACCGUCAGAGUUUCACGAACGGACGACCCGAGUAUUCAAGAUCGGCUUCUUGCGACACCAAUAUCUUAGACCAACUUAAAAGUCAAGACGAAGACGGUGAUAGUUUCCUUCAUAUUGCCAUUCAAAAUGGUAAUCAAGAUACUGCUUUGAAAAUUAUCAAUGUUGCAUCCAAAGAUACUCUUGAAAUAAAAAACAAUUUUGGCUUGACACCGCUGAUUCAAGCCAUCAAAAUGGAGUCCUAUUUUGUGGUAGAAAGCCUAUUAGCCAAAGGUGUAAAUACAGAUUCUCUUGAUUAUCAAGCUUGUAAUAAUUUAUUGCACAUUUGUGCAGAGUCAGGUGGCUACCAAAUGCUUGAAAUAUUUGAAAGAAUUGACAAAGAAGCAUUGACUGUAUUAGCAAAUGCAAGAAAUGGAAGAGGUCAAACACCUUUCCAUAUUGCUGUAACUGGGAAAGACAUGUACUCAUGCACUGUUCUCUUCAGAUUUGGAGCUGAUAUUGAUGCAAAGGACGGUCGAGCUGGCUACACUGGUCUGCAUUUGGCAGUUUUAACUGAAGAUAGUGACUUUGUAAAAGACUUUAUCUCCCGAUUUCAACCAGAAUUGGGCAUUGAAUCUUAUUCCGGUUACACACCUUAUGGGUUGGCCCAACAAAACGACCUGGAGGAUAUUCAGACUGUCCUUUUGCAGGCUGGGGCAAGCGAAGACGUUGGUUCAGUUGAUGAUGAGAUGGUGGUUUAAAAAUGGAUUAUGGAGUGGUCCCCUUUUUGGGGCAUCUAUAUAUGAAGUACUUCCAGAAACCUUGUCGUGCAUUCCAUCCCUCCCCCGUCUCUUUUUGCUCCCUUUUCGAAUGCAUGUAUAUUUUGUUGACUAUAACCUUCCCCUGUUACAGGAAUAUGCUAUAUAUUAUUUGCCAACGAUUAGAUGAAGGAAAAUGUAUCAGGGAGGCUACAGGGCUAUUCGCUGAAGGUUAGAGGAGAUUCUUUGCAUCUGUUAAUUAACGAUUUCAUGCUCUUAUAUGUUCAUUCACUGUAAAAAUCCUAUCAGAAACAAUUUCGAAAACCUAUAUAGAUGUUCCCUUAAUUCUUUGCUACACCCUGUAUGUGACCUUGUGAUUCACAAGAAUAUUUCCCUUCGCAGCUCUGAGCAUGCCUCUCUUAGAAUGGAUAUCUUGUAUGGAUGCUGCUUGUGGCAAAUGAUUAUCUACCAAAAAAGCCAAGCGGAAGAGCUCCUCCGCUUCUCAAGAGGCGUAGCUAGCGUGGGGGGGGGGGUUGUAAGGGGUGUAACAUCCCCAAUUCUUCAUGAAUUCGUCCGUAAAUCUUCAGUUUGUCUACAAUAUCUUUAGUUUGUCGGUAAAUUCAUCUAUCAGUAGGUGAAAUAGUACCUAAAUUCUUCUCAAUCUGUGUCUUCGUCAGUAAAUUUUUCUAUUCAUGACCCUCUACCCCCCUAGUCUGGAAUGUCAAGCGAGGCCACUGCUUGCUCCACUCCUAUCUCCUAUUUUUACGAUCGAAUUUAUGUGGCUCUGGUACCCAGGCUAAUUAUUAGCCUUUAUGUUAAAUGUAAACUAAACGGCCGAACUUAAAUUUUCUCAUAUAGCAUCUACACUGGCGUCUGUUUUGACUUUAAAGUAUUUAACCAUUGUUAUUUAGAGUAAGUGGAAAAUCCUUGGGAACAAUUUGUUCUUAGUUCUAUUUUAUAGCUGCUCCCAGUAGAUGUGCAUGCAAAGGCUCUGUGGGACCAGUGAUCGGGGUGGUGCGAAAACGACAGAAAUUUUGAUAUAAUUGCUCACGAAAGUGACAAAUUGCUCGAAGAGAGUUAAAGAUCGAUAAUACUGUUGAAAUUCUUAUGACCAAAUUUUCCCCCUGAAAUGAAUUGAAUUUCUGAAAGAGGAGCCCGUUUGUAGGUGAAUGAUAUCAUAAAUCCAAAGCAGAAACUCGAGAGAGACAAAAAUAACUUGCAGCUACCCCCUCGCCAAAUUACGUCACCAUAGUCCCAGGUCACGUGUUUAUGCGUCAUAUUUUACUCUCGUUUGUCAAGGAACAUAUUGAAAUAAUUGAUUAUGGUAUGUUUUCUCAUGUUAAUGUGGUUUGAUUAAGAUGUGAUAAAAUUUUCAUUAUUGGAAGUACAAAAAUGAUGUGGAGUGUUUUUGCUGCCUCUUAGUCUCUUGACUGAAGGUAGUUUUAUGAAUCUUUGAAAAUAGAACCUGCUUUAUAGCAAAUUGGUAUAAAAACAAUUCUUGAGCUUUUUUCAGGAGUCUGAACCCACAUCUUUGGGUGCAGAAACAGAAAUAGUGUCAGGAGAGGAUGCCUAAAUUGUUUCAAAAUGACAAUUUAGAUUUUUGAUUUUAUAUAAAGGUGCAUUGUAAAUAGGGUCUGAAUAAGAGGAUAUUCAACCGCUUGUAAUGUCUGCAUCCUGGCUAGUUCUUGGUAUGAACGCAUCUUUCUCACUCAAAAUGGGUUUCAAAAAAAGGCCAAGAAGACCAGAUACUUCCUCUUCGAAAGGUUUUUCUUCUGAAAGAAUCUGGUGCCUGCGUAGCCUAUACACGUCGGUGUUCUACGUUGGUGAUGAAACCUCUUUUCAAAAGAGCCUGAUUUUACCCUUUGCACUAAACCCAAAAACGAUACAGACACAACCAAGGGCCGCGGAACAUAUUCUGAGGGGACUACCUCAUUUUGGGAGUAUUAAACAUGCUCAAAACCAAAAGCAAGGCAUCUUUUGUAUGGUUUUUAGUAGAUUAAGAAAAUAAUUUGGAAGGCUAAAGCCCCCAUAGCCCCCAUUUCUGCGGUUCCUGGACACAACGAAAGUCAUAUGAAAUGCACAUCCGAGACAACUAGAAACAAAAGUAGACCUGAUCGAACUUUAAGAGACAGGGCUUAAGACAUCAGCAAGAAUUUCAAUCAAAAACUUUUUAAUAUGAAAGGCAAUUUAGAUAUGAUUAAAAAGCAAAAAUAAAGCUUAAAUAUAACUUCUUUGCAAUGAAUGCAUUCACUAAAAGGCGAAGUUUGCGAUUGUAAUAUAUGUUAAUAGUAUUGCUGAUAUUUAGCCUCAUUUAGUUUAAGCAAGUUGGCGUCUAGAUGUUUGUACUUUUUAGCACAAACUAUAAGUAAUUUAUCCAACUGUAAAUUACGUGUUUAUUAUCAUUAUUGUUAUUAUUACUAUUGGCCAUGUUGAGAAGUCAUUUCUGGAAUAAAGAUUUAUCGAUUCUUACAGCAUUGAAGGAGUCUUCUGUAGGGCCCUCUGCAGUGGAUCAUCUGCUUUUGGCCUUACCGUUGAAAUUUCACGUGAUCACAAGGUACUGGACGUACGUUGCCUCUUUACGAAACCGAGGUAACUUAGCAUGACUCAGCAAAUUGGAACUUCCCUCUGAUUCAACCAUGACUCGUUUCAGGCCUUCGAAUAUUUACAAACUUUCCUGGCCUGAAUUUAAAUGCCUUCAAAUGCCUAUUUCACAAAUCAAAAGAUAAAUCGUGGUUUGUACAUCAAUCCAAAUCUAACUGUAAUAAAUAUUGGUUGUGAAAUUGUGUAGAAUUUAAAAUUAUAUAUCCAUUUGCACUUCAUAAGCUCGCUGCAAAAUUCUAUGACACUUUCAUUUCAUAUUUCACCUCUAAAGAAGCCAUUUUUUCUUCCAUUUGGCUGCAAUAAUAGUAAAAAUACCAUGCAGUCUUGUGUGCUUGAAAUCAAGAUUGAAAGCUGGAGAAACUGUUACUCUGGAGAUUACGCGCUCAGGCUCUAAUGGGGGACGAAGAAAGGUUCGACGAAGUAAAAACCUAACAACCUUCUGUAAUUCCGGAUAACCUUAGACCCCAGGCUAUUCCCCUUCAAUCUAGACCCUUUCAUAUCCUUUGAUCUCAGGUCACCCACCCUAAGAGCAAGUCAAGAGAUGGAUCUGUUAGUAUUAUGAUUCACCCAUUACCCAUUUCUACCCCCUUUUUUGAAGUAGGAAAGGACUGCCAUCUUGGCUGUUGUCCUUUCGUCAUUGAAAUACUUUUGCAGUUGAGUCCCAGAUUUUCAUCUUGUUACGUGAUGUGAGGUGAUAAUAAUACAGGGCCUUUUUCAACCUACUAACUAGGAGGGCAAUUGCCCCUCUAGCCCUAGUGGCUUUCCAUUAUUCUAAACAAUAGGCUGUUGUCCUCCUCUAUGUAUAAAAUAAGGCUUGUCCCCGCAUCUAAUUUCCAAAGGCUAUGUAAUAAUGCUGCAGUAAGGAAGAAAAGAACAAAAAAAAUGAAUUCUCCUGUUGCCAGAUGCAGGUUCAAGCCCCCAGUGAGGGCCAGGAAGGCCUUUGUACCUUGAAACAGAAUAAUAAUGAUGAAAACUUACAAUCGUGGCCAAAACUCCUUAAUAUUGAAUUAAAAAUUUGGCAUGCUAGAUCAAUUGUUCCCAAGAAAUGUAGAGACAUAUCAAUUUCUCCCCUCCCCUUAUAUCAAUGUUGAUGUCGUAUGAGAGCUACAUGUCCCAGAAUUUGAUUUUAGCCCAUACCGUCACUUCAACAUUGGUAUAGGGUUGAGGGGUUCAACUUCAACUUCAACAUUUCAUUAUCAGUAUAUUUUAAAUAAUUACAAGUGAUACGAUAGUGCUAACAUAAACGAUUGGAAGAUUUAAAAAGCAUAUUUUACAUGAAAUUGUGAGCAAGGAAAAAUUAAAUACUGAAGGAAGUUCAAAUAAGGAAUGGAUUGCAUUUGUGAAAAAGUCUCACGAGUUUUUUGCCAGGAUUGUGGUUUUCCUUGGAUCUUAUAUAAAUCACAGUAUGAAGAUCUGCACGAACGUUUGGUGAGUAAUUUUGUGCA